AUAACUCAAAAUGCUGCAGCUUUCAUCGCUUUUGUGCGGUCUGCUAAUAGUCCUAAUAGUCCUUGCCCUGCAAGGAUCUCUUGUAGACUCCCAGGAUAGGAGCGCACCCUACCCGUCCUUGGACAAUUACCAUACGAUCCUCGCCAGGCUGGAGGCAAUGGAAGCAGGGCAAGCCGCCAUGAAAAGGUCCUUGAACAAUGUGGAUGCACGGAUGCUGGUCAAAUUGGAGGCGAUAGAGAACACUCUGGCCAGAAUAGUGAGACAACAAGCAGCUAUUCAAGCAACGCCUCUCAGCAACCACUCCAAAAUCGUUUCGAGGGCCGUGCCACCAAACUUCGAGGGAAUCGCCGGCAGGUAUUUUUACAUCGAAAGAAGUUUAGUGACCACCUGGGCAUCGGCUGUAGCCACCUGUCGUGACAUGGGUGGUUCUCUGGCGACGUUCAGGAACGAAACGGAACUGAAUGAAGUCAGGAAACAUCUGCCCAAUGGAAGCUCCUACUGGCUUGGCCUCAACGAUCGGAAAAAAGAGGGAGAGUUCGUUUCGGCAGCGUCCGGAAAGCCGGCCAAAUACUUCAAGUGGUUUCAAAAUGAGCCCAGCAACACUGGAAACUAUCAGCACUGCGUUUCUUUUUACAACGGAGAAAUGUACGACAUUGCUUGUGACGAGUACUUGUACUUUAUUUGCCAAGACACCGAAUAAUAGAUCAACUCA